GGAAUUGUAAAUAUUUUUUUCCGAGUUGCUAACUUAUGAAUACUUCUUCCAUUAAUUUCAAUCGGCCUGCCGCCAUAAAAUAUACUGUGUUGAGUACCGGAUAUGCAUGUAGUUUUUUUUUUUUAUAAUGAAAGCCGUACUUCCGUUUACCGGUUUUUUUAUUUGUCUCUAUCAUAAAAAUCUUAAGCAUUCUUUACACGCCAUGCAAUCCAACUAUGGAACCCACAUGCAACCCCUCAUGAAUAGAAGCUGGCAACAUUGAAGCUAUUCCAGCAAGACAUUAAAACGUGCAUUUAUAAGAGCAGUCUUUUUUUUGUUAUUUCUUUUAAUGGAAAUAUUGAUAUUGAACUUGCAUACAUCUUGCAUAUCGAUUGAUGACAGAAUGUCAAGUGUCAACGAUGUAAUGAAAUAAAAAUUAAACAAAAACGCUGAAAAUUUUCACUUAUCAUAGAUUUGAAGACAAAUCAUUAAUGAUAAAAAUCUGUGGCUGUGUCAGCUCACGUCGCGUUAUCAUUGUGCCCAGUGUUAUCGAUAUUUUCAGUUUGUUUUUUCUAUACUAUGUAACCUAUGUGAAAGUGUCGGCGUAGUAUAUAAAUACCUGUUAAUAUUUAUAAUGUUUUUGGAAUUCCUUGUUAUCAAAUGAUUACUUAACAUUAGCGUCCCUCAACUACUUUACUGACUUCCGAGUUAAAGUUUUUUAAGAUGUAUUUUACUUAUAUGCUUCAGUAACAUAUUGAUUACCUUAAAAUAACAACUUACAAUAAAAUGGAAGAAUCAACUUUCCUCCUUGAUCCAGCUAAAGCAGAUAAUUUAUAUCCAGCACUGUUCCAGUGCUUUACUAUUAUAUUAUGUGGGUAUAUUGCUGGCCGCCUAAAUGUGGUGUCACAGACAGAAUCAAAAGGGAUUGGCACAUUUGUGGGCACCUUUGCCCUUCCAUCACUCAUCUUCUUAUCCCUGGCUAGACUGGAUUUCAGUACAGUCAACUGGACAUUCCUUCUGGCUAUACUAUUAGCCAAAGGCAUUGUGUUCUUUGCCGUUAUGAUUGUCACCAUUCUGGUGUCCAAACCAGUGAACCUUGGGAGAGCUGGUAUAUUUGCCAUCUUUUGCACACAGAGCAAUGAUUUUGCCUUGGGAUAUCCAAUAAUCAAUGCUAUCUAUGAGCACACACAUCCAGAAUAUGCUCUCUUCCUAUAUUUGAUGGCACCAAUAUCGCUAGCAAUACUAAAUCCAGUUGCUUUUGUGCUAAUGGAGAUCAAGAAACAACGAGACAAUGCUCAGAUAGUGACCACAUCGCCUGAAGGGGAGAGAUCAAGUGAACUGUGCAAGUUCAAGUUGUUAAGGCAAAUAGUCAAAGGCAUAGCUUUUAACCCUGUGUUGGUGAUGACAGUGCUGGGUAUUAUAGGCAAUAUUGCCUUUAAACAUCAACUUUCGCCAUAUAUUGAGUUGCUACUGAAAGUGUUUGGAGACUCUUUUUCAGCUACAGCACUGUUCUUAUUGGGGCUCAGGAUGGUUGGUCAAAUACACAGACUGAGAGGACCGGCUCUGUUGCUGCCUUGUGUCCUAAUAAUGGUUAAACUGAUUGUCCUACCAGUGGUGAUGAGAGAGAGCGUAAGCGCAUUGAACGCAGGAGCAAACGAUUCUGAAACAUCUUCAUUGUCGACCUACGCAUUCUUGUACGGAACCAUACCUACUGCACCUGCAGUUUUCGUCUUCUCUAAUCUGUACCAACUAGAAGUUGAUCUGAUGGCUUCAUCAAUGGUGAUCUGUACAUUCCUGUCAGCGCCCAUAAUGUUCAUGUCAGCCCAGGUGAUAUCAAUCAACAAAGACUACGCGGAGCAGAUGAAGAAGUUUGGUUUCCACCUGUCUAUAGUAUCUUUAGUGGCAUGUGUGUGGGUGAUAUCGGUGUUCAUCGUGACGAAGAAAUAUAAGCGUAUGCCACACAGAUUGACCUUGUGUUUAGUGGUGUCACAGCUGCUGCUAGCUAUCAGCGUGAUCUGGGGCGGGCCGCAGUCGUCGUACACGCCAUCUUGGUCGGUACUGCUCCAGCAAACGCUCUGUACCUUCAGCAUGUACUCCUGCUUGCUCUGGACUUCCAUGCUCUCUAUUGGGCUCCUCAUGUUACAGAGCCGCGGGCCAUGCUUCGUGGUGACGCUGUGGCCGGUGCUGGGGUUCGUGGCGUGGGGUGCGCCCGCGGUGAUGGCCGCCGUGCUCGUGGCCACGCGGCCCGCGUUGCAGCUGGACGCCAAAGCCGUGGACGCCAUCCGCCUGUGCCUGCUCGUGUUCUGUAUCACGGGUGAGUGUAGGGUCGCUGGCACACUGUGGCCGGUGCUGGGGUUCGUGGCGUGGGAUGCGCCCGCGGUGAUGGCCGCCGUACUCGUGGCCACGCGGCCCGCAUUGCAGCUGGACGCCAAAGCCGUGGACGCCAUCCGCCUGUGCCUGCUCGUGUUCUGUAUCACGGUGACGACGGGCUGCCUGACACUGUACAUCCGUUUCCGGCGGCGCAGCGCGCAGUUCGCCAGUCUCUCUGCUGAUGUGGCGUCGCAUUCGCCAGACGAAAGCUCCGGCCUGGUCGACAACGAGCAGCCGGUGUCCAACACGCAGUCGGUCUCGCACAACGGUUGCUACGGCGCGAUUACAGCGAGUCCAAGUCCAGCAAAGAGCGCCAACGGGAACGGCUGCUGCUCCGGCGACCCGCGCUGCGAGAGCGGACUCGUCAACUCCACCUCGCAGGACAUCGAGGACAUCGCCGACCACAGGGAGUGCGCCUGCCCCCCGUCGCAGCAGCAGCGCUGCGCCGGCCCGGCGCCGUGCCGCUACCUGGCGGAGCUGGAGCGCGCCGCCGGCCGGCUGGGCCUGCUGCCGCCCGAGACCAGCCGCGGCCGCGGCGGACAACUGCUCAAGCACACCGUGCUCAUCAUACUGUACAGCCUGGCCAUGUUCAUCGGUAUAACCUACACGACCUGGCGUAUGAUGCAAAAAGACGAAAGUGGGGUGUUCAUCGAGAUCGAGUUCCUGGACAUCGCCAUCACGUACGGGCAGGCGCUCAUCAUGUUCGUGCUGUUCGGGUUGGAUCCUGAAGAGAUGAUCAUACCGGCUGUCAGAUACUUUAAGAAGAAGUGGCACGGUGCUGACACGGUUGUGCUACCAUCAGUCGAGGAUCUCAGCUUCGAAACCAAACACGUCUGCGACCAGUUCAUAAUGCACCAUCUCGACCGCUGCAAGGAAGCCAUUGCCAAAGAUACCAGGUGGCGCAUGCGCACAUACCGCGGCGUGUUCCGCGGCGCGUGCCUCGUGCGCUGGCUGCGCAGCUGCGGGCUGGCCAAGGACGAGGCGGAGGCCGUCGCCUACGGCCGCCACCUGCUGGACGGCCGCCUCAUCGCGCACCUCAACAACAACCACCACUUCACCAACUCGCCGCUCUUGUACACCUUCAACUAAACCUUAUAUAUACCAAAGAAUUAUAACUUUGCGGGCCUCGGAACCGGUGUUGUUUAGAAACCCCGAAAUAGCCCAAUAUUUUAAAUUAUUUUAUGCCCUUUGCGUAGGACUGAAUAGCGACAACUUCGUAUGAUUAGAUAGUCCCAUUAAAAAUGAAAUAAUGAACCAAAAAACGUAAUCAUACCGGUAUUUUUUGUAUAGAGAAAAUACCAGUAUCAGACCCCUGGUAGUAAAUUCUAAGAAAAAAACUUGCCACCUAGUUUGUCAGCCGUAACGGACGGCGCUGUAUUGCGCCAUAUGUUUAAUGCCCACUGAAUGAGAUUGGCCGGUCGCAGUAGUUUAUAGAUGACCAUCUUACGAAUAGUACAAAAUUUCAUUUUGGAUGUUUGCAAGAAGCAAAAUCUCAAAACCUAGGGACAGGUAAAACCUAUGCUGGCGCCAUCUAUAAAAACCUUUGACACUUGCCAACCCCAUUGUCAAACGUUAACUUAUUACAACCAAAAGGUACGGCAUACUGUACCAAAGAGAAUUUGAUAUAGAGGUGGAUUGUCAAAGAAAACUUUGUAGCCACAGCAAAUUUACUGACAUCUUUCGACACAUGAUUAAAACUUUUAGAACGCCAUUUGACUUUGAUCCUUAUUCUUUAAUGAUAUGUGUAAAUUUUUUUAAUUAUCAAAUAGUGGCGCCAUCUAAUAGAUCAAAGACCAAAGGUAUGGCGACAUCGUUUCGAGCGAUAACAUAACAAUAUCAGUGAAAGAAUAAGUCGUAGUAGAAAAAUGACAGUAAAUUUACGUGGCUACAAAGUUUUCUUUGACAGUAUUGACCUCUAUUUCAAAUUCUCUUUUAAUGUACGGAGUUGUACAGCGCUAUCCGUCAUCUCGUAUAGCUGUCAAAUUCGUAGCACGAAUAUAGCUUAGACUUUAAACAUAGACAUAUCUUCACAAUCAAUGAAUCUUUGCAUAUACCAAAGAUAGAUGAAAUAAUAAGAUGCGUAAAGAAGUAAAAAAUGUUGUAGCUGCAUAUUUGAGCAUUCACGUAUAUUAACAAGGUAACUUACCUUUAUUUGUUCUUAAAACUUCAUAUAAGCACUUAGGUAAUUUGUAGUACUUUACAUUCCGGCCGAUUAUCUGUAGUCCUAAAGAACCCCUAGUAAUAGAUUGAUAAUCUAUUACUAGGGAUUCUUUACUAGUUUUACAACCUAGUUACCACAAAGCAUAUGGCGCUGUACUUAGUUUAGCUGCUUAAGCAUGUAAAAACCUGUACUUUACGUGUCGUAAUAUUAUUUAUCGAGAACCUUAUAAUCACAUUUUAUUUUGCGCCAGAUUCCGUUAGAGAUUCGAAUUUUUAAAAUUUAAUUUUAUGUCUAUGGUUCACGUGAAAUUUCUUCGCUCUCUUUAUUUUAGUUUUACACGUGGCAUCAUAUGGCCAAUGUAACGGGGGUCAAGGUAGUAUAAUCGAGCCAGUGUUAUGUAAUACAUAGUUAAUUCAUAAAAUAAACCCUUUAUAAAUAGGAUGUAAGUUUUAAUUUGUUAAAUCGCACAAAAUAAUAUACUUCAUAUGUUUAUGAAUAUUGAAUGACUAGAAAUUAAUUUUAUAUAACAAUUAAUCACCUUAGAGUAUUUUACGGCCUUUUUGGAUAAACACAAUGUCUGCGGAGGAUUCAUAAUAGUCAUGAAAUACCUAUAGGAUUAAGUCGUAACUUUUAAUACCUAUCUCAAUGAUUUUACUGUAAUUCAUAUAUUGUAGUUAUCUGCAGUAUAAUUUAUCACGCUGUUAUACUUGCUUAUGUAUUAAGUACAGGUCGAUUCGCCAAAGCAGGCGUGAACAGGAUAGAAACAGUAUAAUCUCGUUGAAAGAAACCCCCACGUUAUUUGUCACGCACGACAACACCAAGCUUUAGCAUAGAGAAAUAAGAAGUAAUAGAGUGCUACAUCAGUAACCAGAACUCUAUUUUCAACUCCUACGCUUAUUCUGGUUAUAAUAUUAGCGGAAAAUCGUUUAGCAUUAGACUUUUUGUUUGCCGCGAUAUCUAUAGUCGAGUAGCAGUACUUAGAGUUCCGCUACUCGAUGCUAGAUGUCGACUGCGAAAAUAAUAAGCAUUUUGGUACCAAAACUGAUGUAUGGAGUGAGCACUCUAUUACUUCUUAUUUCUCUAUGGCUUUAGUAACCGAUUAAGGCCACCGCAGACUGCAAUGGAAAGGAGCAUAUACGUACCGUACAGUGGCGGCGCGUCACAAACAUUCGUAGGGAACCCGGAGCUAAUUUUGCUUUCCUUUUCUCCAUGAACCGAUCAUGAAAGUACUCAACGGGCUGAAGUUUAGACAAGCCGGUGGGAAUCGAGUUCUUUGAACGAUCCGCCACUGGUACCGUACCUACAGAUCGAUACCAACGUCAAGCUUUAGUAAAUCAAUUUUUAACUCAUGUUAUACAUAAGUAUUUAAUGUGUAUUAACACACGACGGAAGUUGUUAUUCUAUUCAUAAACAUUACCAAUUUGUUUCAACUUAUAAAACAAACGAACACGUUCAGAUUGAAAUAAAGACAGACUUAGUAAAAGAUUUCUCGAAAAAAUGCUAUUGAUUACAUGGAACCCUCUUAUUUGCAUUUUUGUAAAUAAAACUACGUUUCAUGCCUGUUCAGAGUUGUUGGUUGGCCUUGCAGUGGUCGCUAACGUAUAAUGCUUGUUACAAUAGAUUAUAUCAUAAAUAAAGUGUUGGUUUCCGAUUGAAGGCGUAUGAUGGGUACAGCGGGCAAGAAAAAAGUAACAUUCUGAUACAACGUGAGGCUGCACGUAGUUUACGGCUUCAGACGGAUACCGAUGCCUAUGAGUGGGUUCAACAAUUUUAUGAUUACGUCAAUGAAAUGUGAUAUGAUGACCAGUUACCAGUUUGAUUCCAGCAAGUGGGAGUUACACCCCUUUUUUAUAGAUUUGAAUUUGUGACGUUUUCAACAAAAAAAUACCACAUUGUCGGUUGUCGAUAAGGUUGAUUUCAAAUUAAAGCUAUAUGGAAAUAGCGUCUUAUUGACAACCGACAAUAAGUACCCUUUUGGUUGAGAAUGGGACAUUUGACAACUUUUUCUUCCGAAAUGUUAAGGUUCCUAUGAUAUCUAAUACCUACUGCAGUACAAUAAUAUGUAAACGACACUACAAGUCGCGCGGCUAGAUGUUGAUAUCAACUUUACGCGACCACGACCACGACUUCUCCGAGACCACGGGGAUAACGCCGUCCUCGAAACCUCGGAAGUAAAUUUAAAACUUAAUACGAGAUUAAGUCCCGUUCUAUAAUUUAAUAAUUCAGUUCAUAGUUACUCACAUUUAAUUUUGGAGGAAUAAAAUUACCACUACUUUUGAGGAUAAAAAUGUCUAAUAUAAAAAAAGGACUUAUAGUCCUAGUACCUAAGUAAAGCAUUUGCAUAGCGAGAAGAAACGUAUGUUAGUAUCGUGAUCAUUAUAUUUCAAAUAUCUAAUAAUCAUAUUCAAAUAUUAUAAAUAUAUCAUUCUAUGGUCGCCUUUACAAUUGAAAUUAAAAAUGAAAAUAUUUAUACAUCUAUUAAAAAGCAUGAACAUUAGGUUGGACCUACGUUUUUUUAGCCUAGCUAGAGUAGAUUGGCAUAAGUGCUUUUACAAAGAAACUGAUUUAAAUAAUGUAAGAAUCGGUGAGCUACAAGAUCAAACAUAGAUAAUGUAUAGAGUCAAACCAAGAUAAGUUGGCAGCGAUUUUCAUAGCCCACGGUGCAAGUGUCAAGUAAACGUCAUAAUUUCAUAGCAAUUAGACGUUUAAAAUACACCCGUGCACCGUCUGGGCACGGAGAAAAUCGGUCAAAAUCGCUGCCAACUUAUCUUGAUGCGACUUAAACCCACAAUUGUUGUAAUAGUCUUAUGCAACCACAAUAGUCAAAAGACAGUAUUUUAUAUAGAGCAUCUCAAGUUAAGACAUGGAAACGGUAUGGAUGGGUCUUAAUUUAUUAUCCGAUGCUUGAAUAGGUAGUCCAAAAGUGAGAACUAGUUAUGUAAUUUUUUUUUAUAAUAUAAAUUAUUUUACUUUAAUAGUAUGAAUUAUUGUAUUCUAACAUUCCAUACUCAAAUCGAAAUUUACUGUAUAAUGAAAUUGGGAGAACAUUGGGGCACUUACAAAUAAGUUUUAUGUACCAUUUUUAGUUAUUUUCGUCAAAAUUCAUUAACACUUCAAUGUUAUAAAUACAUAAAAUUAUGUACAUUUUUUGACGUCCACUUUACGUAGUUAAUGUUUUCAAAUGCUCAAUAAAAGUAUUUCAUCCGUCAGGCGGGCCAUAUGCUUGUUUACCACCGACGUAGUAAAAAAAAAAAACAGAUAUAUCACUUCACAAAGAGCAGGGUUACUCAGCUCCCUUUCUUUGUAAAAAAAAUAGUAUGUUCCCCUUCUCUACCAGUAAGACAUUUCACGCCCCUCUUGCCAUCUCGCCACCGUCUAGAUGGCCUCGGUCGUAGUCGUCCACCUGUGUAUUCAUGAUAUACUCGUAGUUACUACCAGUGGCGUAGCGUGACUUGGCGGGGCCCCGUAUAAAAAUUUGUUUGGGGGCCCUUAGGAAGGGUAAAGAUUUCUCACAAAAACGCACGUUGGGGCCCCCGUAUAAUUGAUACGGUACACAUGUACCAAAAAUGAAUUGUACAUUCAGUACCAAAUGGAACUCUUUAGUAUCAACCAAUCGAUUUGGACGCGCUGCACGCUCAUAUACUUGCGAUAAGAAUUUUGUGAUCAUUUUGGACUCUACAAUAGAUCUCUGGCAGUGUUGGGCAAAAAGUAGUUGGAUUACAGAUUAACGAUUAUGAUUACAAAAUGUAGUUGUAACUACAAAUUACAAUUACUAGUAAAAACUAGUUGAGCCUUUGAUUGACGCUUACUAACUUCAUUUUGUAGUUAGUAAUCGAAUGAAUAACAACAUUUUGUAAUUGUAAUCUGUAAUAAAUUACUUUAUGCGAUUCAAUAUUACUUAUACUAAAAAAAUGUUUUCGAUCAUCUUUGUUUCCCAAAUCAGGUUAAAAAAAUGAACGAGUUUUAAGUUGAUCUUAACAUAUCAAGUUCGACUUUACAUAAAAAAAAAGUAAUGUUAGUUUUACAAUAUUUUGUACAAAGGGACUUAUUAAAAAAAUAUAAACAUUUUAGGGCAAAAACGAGAUUUUGGCAGGUGGUCAGUUCCAUGAAGCGGCCCCCGAUUAUUUAUUUAUAUGGCAUGAGGUUAAGUCACAAGAAAAAAAUAUCCUCAUAAGGACCACGGGCCUACCCAUAGGACUAACUGGUUUAAUGCAAUUUAAACUUUUUACAAUUGGAACAGAGUUGCAUUUCUUAUGUUUCAUUUCAUUUUAACACAAAAGAAAAUCAACCUUGUUCCCUACAAUAUUGAUUUCAAAUAGCAAUGUUUUUUGUAUAGUGGGCCGCAGGUGGUUAUUACUUUUGUUUACCGAGAGAGUACUUAAGUAAUUUGGUCAUCUUUGCCUAUCAAGAAGUAAUCGAGUAAUUUUGAUUAUAAAUUAAUAUUGAUUAUAAUUAAGUUGUACUACAUGUUAUCAAAUAUGUAGUUAAAAUUACACAAGUAAUUGAUUACGCCCAACAUUGAUUUCUGGGGAAUGUAUACCACGAUUUUUAUGUUCAUCUGGACCCGUAGUAAACAUGGAAUAGAUAGUAAAAAUAUUUAUUGUACUGAAUAUCACUCCAUUAUUAAUGUCUUAUACUUUGUGUAUAAGUAAUAUGUUACAUUAGAUUUUACUUUGCAAAUGUAAUGUAUCAGUUGUUUUAUUUCAGUGCGGAACGUAAAGUUUUUCAUAUUAUAAACUAGAAUUAUGAACAAAAUUUAGAAAUAUUUUAUUAUUGGCUUGUUAAGUUUAUUAAGUGAUGUCUCAAGCUUGCUGUGAUGUUUAAGUAAAUGAAUGUUUCUAGUUAAAUAUACAAUAUCACUAUUACAAAUACAUAUGUAUUGUAAAAUAUUAUUGUUGUUGUAUUUUGGUGAGCAAAUAUAAAAUGUAAAAAAAAGAAAUUGAAUAAACAUUGUUGCAAUCA